UUUGUGCCUGAUUGUAACAAAGCAAUAUCUGAUUAACCAGCCAUUAUCUAGUAAUUAAACGGACCGCUGAUAGUCGAACGGAAUAGGUAAAAAGGUACCUACUUUAAUUUAACAACUCAUAUUAGCAAACGCAUACUAAACAAAGGAAUUACAGUCUGGUGCAUUUUUUUAUUGUUUGAAUGACUAAUGAAACUGAAUGCAUGAAUACAGGUAGGAAACUGAAUUAAUAAUUUUCCUCCUCCCAAAUCACAUUAGCACUGCGAAUAUGUGCAUACCUAGGUGAACUGCUUAUGUGCGUACAUAAUGGAAGUGAUAAUAUCAUUCGGUCUAGUCAGUAUUCAUAACCAUUUUUCAGUUUGCACUUGUCACGGAGUAAAAUACGGUAAAACGGAAUACUCACCCGUGUGAAUUCGAGGGGUGAAUAAAUAUUGAGAAAAUGUUCUAAUAAGUUAUUUAUUCACCCCCCAUUCUUGUAUCUAUUCACCUCGUUUUACGGUAGCUAAUUAUUACCUAUCAGUUGUAAUCAGAGAGACUUCCGAACAAGAGGACAAUUAAUUAUAGGUAAGGCCGGUAAUAUUCAGUGUAUCCUAAAACUUCCUUGUAUUAUGUACCUACUACUUAUGUGGUAUGUACACCUACAUACUGCUGCGUGUGUACUAGGGCAAAAGCUAAGAUGAUUUUGCGAUACACCUUUUUUGUAUUCAAAAGUCUAGGAGACUAUUACCACUCAGAAUGACAAUUAAAUAUUAGACGGUUAUUAUUUACUCUUUGUUAAUAUUUUUGAAAUCGCUCAGAAAUACUUGAACAGCUUUACCAAUCAAAGUCUGAAGUCAAACCAACAAUAACAAAAUUCCAUUUACUGAUUUUGAUUUCAUGUCUACAGACAAUUAUCAAGUGCAGAACUUUUAUAAGUAUUCUAGGAAAACGUUCAAAAAGAAUAGGCGGGGCUCGAAUGAUUAUGAUGGAGAAAACGCUAACUUUGAAGCGGCAGAUGUAUCACCACGAAGUGAUCUGCGAAGUGAUGGAAGAAUUGACAGUAAUGAUUGUAAUGAUUCACCAAGAUGUAGUUGUGACUUAGAUCCUGAGGGAGAAAUCGCUAAUAUCCUCCACAAAAAAUGCCCAGUAAUAACUCUAGCGCAACAGCAAUUAUCAAGGCUGUUGGACGAAACCGACAAACUGCUGUGCGAUAACACUAGAUGCUGUAGGUCUGUAUAUGACUUCGUGUGUCUAUGUAAAGAGAUUUUCGUACGUCAGGAUAAGGGCCGAGCGAUUUUAAUUAUAUUGAUUGGUAUGAGUUUCAUUGCUGGAAUUCUGAUCGGUGCUGCAUCUUGCGGGUCAUAUCUCGGGCGGUUUAACAGUCCUAUUCUUUGUUGUGUCGACAAUUUAUUUGCCCUCGACAGGUUUACCUCUGUAGAAGACACGUAUCGUAGUAUAGUAUAGAAACUACCCUCUUAUCCAUUAGUAGGUAACUACCAUUAAAUAGCACACUAACAUAAUACUUGUAACAUUUUACACUCCUCGAUAAUGUAAUUCAAUAAGAAUAUUUUAGAUGAGAUUAUAGAAUAGAUAUUUACUGAUUAAUCUUUGUUUUUAUUUAAAUUGAUAAAAUAUUACAUAAUGUUGGUAUACCAAUUUACUAGGUACUAGUUUUUACUGUUC